UCUUCCGGGUACAGUAUAGGUAGGAGGAAACAGAGGGGGUUACUGCAGUAUACGGUCGGACUCUGCUGAUGAAACAUUGAAAGUUCUGCUUGUGGACAUUCUGAUCUUCCAAUAGAGCGAGUUUAACAGGUCGGCAUACUGAAGACUGGUGAACCCAACAAGAGAUGACAUUCACUGCACAAACACAUGUUGUGUAGAUCAGGGAUAAAACAUUCUACCAAACAAAUCUUUGGAAGUGAAACUCAGACAGUAAUGGCUCAGAAAGGAGUUCAGCUGGACCAGGGAACCUUCUCUUGUCCCAUCUGUCUGGAUCUACUGAAGGAUCCGGUGACUGUUCCCUGUGGACACAGCUACUGUCUGACCUGUAUUGAAACCCGCUGGAAUACAGAGGAUGAGGAAAAAGUCUACAGCUGCCCUCAAUGUAGGCAGACCUUCACACCGAGACCUGUCCUGGGGAAAAACACCAUGUUAGCAGUUUUAGCAGAGGAAAUGAAGAAGACUGAACUCCCGGUUGCUCCUGCUGAUCACUGCUAUGCUGGACCUGAAGAUGUGGCCUGUGACGUCUGCACCGGGAGGAAACGGAAAGCCUGUAAGUCCUGUCUGCAGUGUCUGGCUUCUUACUGUGAAGAAGACCUUCAGCCUCAUUUUGAAGCAGCUCCAUUCAAGAAACACAAGCUGGUGGAGCCCUCAACGAAGCUCCAGGAGAACGUCUGCUCUCGUCACGAUGAGGUGAUGAAGAUAUUCUGCCGUACUGAUCAGCAGUCUAUCUGUUAUCUCUGUUUAAUGGACGAACAUAAAGGCCACGACACGGUUACUGCUGCAGCACAAAGGAUCGAGAGGCAGAGAGAGCUCGAGGGGAGUCGACUAAACAUCCAACAGAGAAUCCAGGACAGUGAGAAAGAUGUGAAGCUGCUUCAACAGGAGGCGGAGGCUAUCAACGGCUCUGCUGAUAAAGCAGUGGAGUACAGUGAGGAGAUGGUCACUGAGAUGAUCCGUAUCAUGUUAAAGAAAGGCUCCGAUGUGAAGCGGCAGAUCAGAUCCCAGCAGGAAACUGAAGUGAGUCGAGUCAAAGAGCUUCAGGAGAAGCUGGAGCAGGAGAUCACUGAUCUGAAGAGGAGAGACGCUGAGCUGCAGAAGCUGGCACACACAGAGGACCACAACCAGUUUCUACAGGACUACCCCUCACUGUCAGGACUCAGUGGAUCUACACAUUCAUCCAGGAUCAAGACCCGUCCUCUGAGGUACUUUGAGGAUGUGACAGCGGCUGUGUCAGGAGUCAGAGAUAUACUACAGGACGUCCUGAGAGAGGGAUGGACAAACAUCUCACAGACAGGGACUGAAGUGGAUGUUUUACUGUCACAACCAAGACCAGAACCAGAGCCCAAGACCAGAGCUGAGUUCUUAAAAUACUCGUGUGACAUCACACUGGAUCCAAACACAGCACACACAAUGCUGUUAUUAUCUGAUGGGAACAGAAAAUCAACAGUAAUGGAUCAGCACGAAUCUUACUCUAUUCACCCAGACAGAUUCACUGGCUGGUGGCAGGUCCUGAGUAAAGGGAGUCUGACUGGACGUUGUUACUGGGAGGUGGAUUGGAGUGGAAGAAUUUUUAUAGCAGUCACAUACAAGAACCUCAGCAGAGCAGGGAGCUCGAUCGAAUGUGGAUUUGGACACAAUGACAAAUCUUGGGCUCUAUAUUGUGACAACAACAGUUAUAACUUUUGGUACAACAAUGUGCAGACUCCUGUCUCAGGUCCUUGGUCCUCCAGAGUAGGAGUGUACCUGGAUCACAGUGCAGGUAUUCUGUCCUUCUACAGCGUCUCUCGAACCAUGACUCUCCUCCACAGAGUCCAGACCACAUUCACUCAGCCUCUACAUGCUGGACUCUUUGUUAAUUCUGGAGACAGAGCUUGGUUGUGAAGGCUGAAAUAGACUGAAGUCAUUUCAGGGACAGUGGGUUCACUUCUGUGUUUGAAUUCUUCAACUUGAUUUUGAUUCCUGUUUGUUGCUGAGAGCUGAUUGUUGUCAGCUGUCAAUCAAACUUGGUGGGUGGGACUUUGACAUCUUCUCCUUUGUGCAGCAGACUUUUCUUUAAUGUACAUCUUUUUUUCUCUGUACUUUGUACGUUUGUAGAAAUUCUAUCAUCACAUUUUAAGAAAUGUUUCUGGCAGUAUGAAUUAUUUUGUUAACAGUCAAAUGAAGUCAUUUUCAAACUUUUAUAAACCUGAUUAAAUCAUUAAGGAGAUGUAUUCUUCUAAUCGACAGAGCUGAUCUGAUCUGAUGUGUGAACAAACUGAAGUCUGACGUCAUCAAUAAAAAAACAAGAACAAAA